AUGUCUAUUUAUAAGGAGAUCAGGUUACCUGAUGGGAAGGAAGACAGGGCCAAAAUUAACAAUGAAUCACAUUUGAGAAACAUGAAUACUCAUGAUUUUCUAUUCCUUAUUAGCCCUACAGCCCCUACCUCAUAUAAUUGGCAACCUUAUGUGCCCUUGAAGAUGGUAAAAGGAAAAGCCAAGCUUUUCAAGGAACAAAAUGAGAAUAAUCCUGCAUCAAUUCAGGUUUGUAUGAGACUAAAUGAAUGGUUUGCAAUAAUCAUUGGCGUUUUUUUUGCAUUGCAUGAUCUUGAUCUUAUUCAAUGUUGUUCACAGCUGCGGUCAAGUUCUCGGAAGAAAGAAUUGAUAACAGCUAAGUCAGAAUCUGUGAAGACAAGCCUGCGAAAUGGGGAUAGUGCUGCAAAUGAGCCUCAGCCAGCCAUGGGAAGUGGUCAUUUUGAGCCUCCAGACUUCCGAAAGACUAGUUUCGUUUAUGAAAUGCAUCAUGUGAAUAAUGAAAGUGAAACAAGUAUCUAA